AUUACAUAAACUAUUAGAUGAUACGAUUACUAAUUGUUUUACUUUCGACAUAUAUUUGGGUAAAUCUGUAUUUAAACACUCAUUUCCUAGACCUAAACCAACAUCUUACUGAGACUAGCCAAAUACUUUUUACUACUACUGCUUAUCAUUUUAUUAAUCAUAAUCAUGACGUUUUGGUUUGUUUUUCCAUACUAAAACGCAUCUCUCAUCACCCUUACCAACUCUUGCUGUUUGGUAUAUUGAACAGAUAGGGCCGCUAUUGGCCAGAGUGUGGCAGUCUUCGAUAGGGCUGGCAAGUCUAACCUCCCCCUUAGACUGUGACAUUGUAGACAAUAAAACAUGCUCUACCCGCCUGUCCUCGUUUAAAUGGAAAACUGCUCACGCACACGGAAAGCUGUUAGUUUUAGUAGCUCAAUUUCUUGAGAUACGAUCGGAAAUUUGAACAGUAUUUUUAUGGAUUACAGUUUUUUAAAAACGACACUGGAAUACAACGAUAAAACAAUGAGACGGCAAGUACUGUUGUUAAUCGUGGUUCUCUCUCUCACCUCGGUCUUCGGGCAAGUCAGCUACUCCAUUCCCGAGGAAAUGGAGAAAGGGUCAUUAGUCUGUAAUGUAGCUCAGGAUUUAGGUUUGGAUUUGAAAAGGCUCAAAUCGGGUAAAGCUCGUAUUCAUUCAGGAGACAGUGCGGAAUAUAUCGAUCUUAACAGAGACAGCGGUGUCCUCCUUAUCAAAGAGAGAAUAGACAGAGAAACGCUGUGUGGAGAAACGACGCCCUGUGCUUUACAUUUACAGAUGAUUUUGGAAAAUCCGAUGGAAUUGUUUCGCAUAACAAUAGAAAUCACAGACCUAAACGAUAAUCCCCCUAGUUUUGCAUCGAGCGAAAAACGUUUUGAAAUCAGCGAGUCUGCCGUUAUUGGGUCUAAAUUUGUGCUGGAGAGAGCCAUCGAUGCUGACAUUGGUGUUAAUGAUCUCCAAGGCUAUUCGCUUAAUCCAACAAACAACUUUGAAUUGAAAUUAGAAAAUCAAGCGGAUGGGAGCAAAAAGGUAGAAAUGGUUCUACAGAAGCCUCUAGAUCGAGAAUACCAGGAUCAGAUAUCAUUAUUAUUAACUGCUCUAGAUGGCGGACAGCCGCGUAUGUCAGGUACAAUGCAGAUAACUGUGAACGUGUUGGAUGCAAAUGACAAUGCACCGGUUUUCACUAAGUCAGUAUACAAGUCAACAUUAAUCGAGAAUUCCCCGAGGGGAACCAAUGUUAUAACUGUCAGUGCAUCUGACAAAGAUGGAGGCUCUAAUGGAGAAAUAACCUACGCUAUUUCAAAUAGCAAGCGUCGAUUAUCCGAGCAAUUUCAGAUCGAUAGAAAAAAAGGAGAGGUUAUCUUGAUUGGUGAAAUAGAUUAUGAAAAAACGAAGCUUUUCCAAAUUGAUAUCGAGGCUAUAGACAACGGAGGACUCUCUGAUUCCAGUAAGAUACUAAUUGAUAUCACUGAUGUCAAUGACAACUGUCCUCAGUUGAAAAUACUCUCUAAAUCAGACACCAUUUCAGAAGACUCUCCUGAGAAUACUGUAAUUGCUAUGCUAAGAGUAAAUGACCCUGACUUUGAGAGGAAUGGAGAGGUGAAGUGUAAUAUUAAUGAUGGCAUUCCAUUUAAAAUACAAAACACAAUGAAUGGAUUUUAUAGUUUACUUACGGAGGUAGCUUUGGAUAGAGAGUUCGCCUCCCAAUACAACAUAACUGUGACCUGCUCUGAUGAGGGAGUGCCCUCCCUCUCCAGCAGCGUCACUCUCACCUUACAGAUCUCUGAUGUGAAUGAUAACGCGCCUGUCUUUGAGAGGAGCUCAUAUGAGGCCUACAUUGUAGAAAACAACACACCAGGCCUCUCUAUAUUCACAGUGAAAGCCAGAGACGCUGACUGGAACCAGAAUGCCCGUGUUUCUUACAUACUGGAGGACUCCUCUGUUAACGGAGUGCCAGUCUCCUCAUAUGUGUCCGUUAGUGCUGAUAGUGGAGUCAUCCAUGCAGUGCGCUCUUUUGACUACGAGCAGAUCAAAGACUUCCACUUCCGCGUCAAAGCGCAGGAUGGAGGUUCUCCUCCACUCAGUAGCAAUGUGACUGUGAAAAUACUGAUCCAGGACCAGAACGACAACCCUCCUCAGGUUCUGUACCCAGUCCAGACUGGAGGCUCUCUGGUGGCUGAAAUGGUGCCUCGUUCAGCAGAUGUGGGCUAUCUGGUCACUAAAGUGGUGGCUGUUGAUGUGGACUCUGGACAGAAUGCCUGGCUCUCCUAUAAACUGCAGAAAGCCACAGACAGGGCGCUGUUUGAAGUGGGCUUACAGAAUGGAGAAAUAAGAACUAUCCGCCAAGUCACUGAUAAAGAUGCUGUGAAACAAAGACUGACUGUUAUAGUGGAGGACAACGGGCAGCCCUCUCGUUCAGCUACAGUCAUUGUUAACGUGGCGGUGGCGGACAGCUUCCCUGAAGUGCUGUCUGAGUUCACUGACUUUACACACGACAAGGAGUACAAUGACAACCUGACUUUUUACUUAGUGUUGGCUUUGGCUGUAGUUUCCUUCCUCUUCAUCACGUGUUUAGUGGUUAUUAUAUCAGUGAAAAUCUACAGAUGGAGACAGUCUCGCAUCCUGUAUCACUCCAAUCUCCCUGUGAUUCCAUAUUAUCCACCACGUUACUCAGACACUUUGGGGACAGGGACUCUCCAACACGUGUACAAUUACGAGGUGUGCAGGACGACUGACUCCAGAAAGAGUGACCAUAAGUUCGGCAGAGCUGGUAGUCAGAACGUGCUGAUAAUGGACCCCAGUUCUACAGGGACGAUGCAGCGGAUACAGAGUGAAAAGAACAUCCUGGAUGAACCAGACUCUCCUCUAGAGGUUAGAAAGGUGUUACAUCACACGCCCUCCUUAUCAUUGUUAUUACCAAACACUUUAUUAAAAUGCAACAGCAUUUUGGUGAAUUCGUUUGGUCUUUUCUUUUUCAGCACCAUGGAGAGCAACAUGGAGCGUUUAUACUUGUGUUAUUGAGUAGGACAGAAAUGG